CGCCUCUUCUGCUCCGCAGCGCCGAGAUCUUCUGCUCGUUCCCCAACUCCCAGGCUCGGCGGCGGCUCCCCCUCCCGCCUCUCGCCAGUCUCGCGCCCUCGCCUCCGUCCUCCGCGCACCGGCCGGCGACCCUGUACUCCAAGAAAGGGUUGGUUCUUCCAGUGUGGUCUCCAAUGGAGAAAAAAGGGCCUCAGGUCCUCACAGGAACUGAGCUGAAUGCUGCCGUGUACAGAUACCUCCAGGAAUCAGGAUUUGUGCAUACAGCAUUCAAUUUCUUCUAUGAGGCAGGCAUUGGAAAAGGCAACAUCCAGGGAAUGAUCCCACAAGGUGCCUUGGUGAGAAUCGUGCAGAAAGGUCUUCAGUACAUUGAACUUGAAGCAAAUUCUGAGAUUGGCAACGAUGACGAGCACCACUUUUUUGAAUCUCUGGACCUAAUGGCCAAUGAUUUAGAUGACCUGAUGAAGAAAAUUACCAGCAGUGGGAAGCACAGUUCUGUCAAGAACGAAAAAGAGCAGAAGAUCGAUUCAGUUGAGACUGACAAAGCACAGAUGAUUGGUUUUUCUGAGACUACCACAACUUAUAGGAAGCAACCUGUGCAGAAAACAAAGGCUGCACAGAACAGCAAACCUGAUGAGACUGCUACAAUGCGUAGAGCUGAGCCAGUGAAGCAUGUGAAGGCACAAAACAUCAAUUCUGCUGAGACUGUGCAAAAUACCAGUUCUGUUGAGGCUACCGCAGGACUGGGGUGCCAUCUUUCGUGGAUAGGGAGGAAACCUAGACUCAGAAAACGAAAGCACUGAAAGCUAUACAAUUGAAGAAACUGAAGUUAGACAUUCAAAUCCAUUGCUGAUUCAGAGUGUGGAGAUUUGACAAAAUUUGUGACAGAUACCAUUCAGUUUCUGAUUUCCUUGGCAGUAUAUGAAAGUACAUAAGUAGGGCUGCAUUUUCAUACAGGCAGUUUUACAACUCGUAUAUCUUAUAAAUUGUUAGUUUUAGAUCGAUGACUGUUAUCAUGUGGUAGUUCUAGUGCACUGGUUCUGUAAAGCGGAUAGGUUUUCCUUUCCCCUCUUUUGUAGUAGUUAGACAUAUGAGGUUGCCUUUUGACAAAUAUUAGGAUAAUAUAUUGAAUUGAUUUUUUGCAACACUGUGUGCCACUGAGCAAAUGUGAGAAGUAAACAUAAAUUAUAUUCAAGCUGCGGAUUCAAAUGUCAGCCAACCAAACAGCUCAUGGUCAUGCUAGCGAAGGUACAGCAGUUUUCUGCUUCCCAUUUAAUUUUGGUUCUGUAAAAUAGGGUCUCUUGUGAUUAAAGGAACCCCAUACUGGUUUACUAGACACAAGAAUCGGCAUUUUCUAGACGUCCAUCAGUUAAGUAUGAGAGUCUGCUGGAUUUUUGCUGUAAACAUUUGAAAACCAGCUGAAACUGUGUAAUGCAUGAGUGGUGGUAAAUUAAUCACAGUUUUAUCCA